AGCAGCUAAACGAACGAAACGAGUUAGGGGCAUCGGCAACUUAGUAUUAAUUUAUGUUUUUUAUGUAUGGAUUCUUAAAAAUAAAUGAUAUAAAAUGGAUGCAAAUGUGUUUCUGAAAGUGGUUAUACCAAUAUUAAUACUAGGAGUUUCUUCGGUAUGUUCAGAGUGUACGAUUCCGUUUGUUUUACGAAAUACUUGGUUUUCUUUUGAAAAUGGAAAGCAAACUAUUACCGACAUCAACGCAAGCGAUAUGACUGGAAGGGGAGUUUGCCAAAACAUGAAGGCUGAUUUUCACGUAAACUACACGAUGGUUUUCAAAUAUACCAAUUGUUACUACUGUGUGAAGUUGAUUGUGAGGACAAUCAAUGUUUUAGAGAAGUUAGAGACGCCCUGUGUCGAUCUGGCGUUAGAUGAAGAACCAACGGUUGAACGAGUUUGCAGGGGUUUGAGAAAUGACCAGCAACUAACAACACUGUUUUCUGAGAACUAUAUUCCUGUGAAUUGCCGUUCAUCAUUAGAAGGUGUGUGGACAUUUGGAUACCAGAACCGGUUCAGGUUCACGGGAGAGUGCAGCCACCCGGACGCGCAGAUCAGGUCCUGUCAGACAGCUGGCACACAGUUCUUGAUCACCAACCAGAAAUUCAACAUCACUUACCGAAAAUGCCCCGGAAUGUCUGGAACAUUUGAUGGAGUUGUGGAGUACAGUUGUUUAGGGCAUUGGUUUGUUGGUAAAAAUCAUUUCUUUGCUGUGGCCAACACCAAGGAAUCUCGAAAAGACGAGAAAUAUCGCUGCUUCCUUAAGAACAGAGAUGAUGACUUGUACCUCGGCGCGUCAAUUACUCCUGAAUGUAAUGCACUGAAAACUGUUGAAAAGUCCCCAGAAAGGUACAAAGUCACCCCUGUUAAGUCUGAAGUUGUUGAACCUGGUUGUCGGCUACCUCAAAACUUCUCUGGAGACUGGAUCAACACGGCUAACAUUGAUGCAGAUGUGUUUAUAAAUGAAACGCAUAUAAUAGAGACAUACUACCCUGAUGAGGACAGAUACAGAAGGACUAUCUAUGUCUGCCGGGAACAGCGUGACAGCAGAGUGAUGAUGGCUCGCCUUACAGUGGAUGGCUGUCAAAAAGAUUAUGUUUGCUUCGAUUUUGUGCCACAACAUCACAAUAUAAUAAGAUACCGCAAAGGUCUUGCUAUGAUCCAGAGUAAUUUCCAUACAGUGUGCUCAUGGGUGCAGUUUCCUAAUAAGAAACAAUGGCGUUACGACCUUUUCCUUAAGAAGGAUCCGUCGCCGAUCCGCUGCCCUGUUGCUGGAAAGUUCAACUUUACUCAAAGAGGCGAUGUCAGAUUCGAGACUAGAAUACUUGGUGGUGUUACAUUGAGCCCUCGUCCAAACUUGUACUGCAAACUGAAUAUAAGUGACUUCUCUGUCUGUGAUACUGAUCAAAAGACUAUACAAAUCAAAGAAAACUACUGCCUCUCUGUGGACUACCUCGGCCGACCAGUGGAUAUUUACAGUGAUCCUGAUUAUAAAAUGAAAUGCAUUGGCUACUGGAAAGAAAAUUUAAAGUCUUAUCUUAUUACUUACGACGAGUUGGAUCCUUUCUCCAAGUACAGAUGUUGGGUGUAUCAAAGAGCUGAUCUUAAUAGAAUAUUGAUGUCCCAGUCGAUAGGGCCUUUUUGCGAUCUCAAGCAGGAUGUGACGUCAUGGAACUACACAGAGGGCGCCGCAGUCGCCGUCGAGAUGGAAGAGUACGAGAGAGAGCGCGACCAGUGCCCGAUGCACUUUGACGAUGGCAGCGACCCCUGGACCACCAAAGAGAAUUUCAUCAAAAUAUUUAAAUUCAGUUACUCGUUUUGGAGGAGUAACGACGCAUCAUUUCUAGCUUCAAGCUUUAAAACAUUUAUACUGGCUGUUCUUAUUCAGCUGUUAUAAUAUUGAGUCCAAUAUCAAAAUUGUGGUUAGUGUUGUGAUAGAUCACAUGACAUCAAAUAAUGUAAGUUUUAUAAUAAUUAUAAUUGGCACUUAGUAAGACAACUUAUUGAAUUUUAUCUCUGAACAAACUGUUCUGUAUUAUGGUUUAAAGUCCGAAUUACGCUAUUAACUAC